AUGUUCGCGGCCGCGCAGCGCAACGCGGCGAGCGGCGUGGCGCCCGCCGAGGGCGCGGCGAAGACGGUGGUGACGGUCUACGCCAACGGCUUCACCGUCGGCGACGGGCCCUUCCGGCCGAGCGACGGCGACGCCGCGAACGCCGCGUUCCUCCGCGACGUGUCCCGGGGCCUCAUCCCCCGGGAGCUCGAGGAGCAGGCGAGCGGCGACGGCGCCUUCAACCUCGAGCUCGUCGACAAGCGCGGCGACCAGUACGAGCCGCCGGCCUACGUCGCGUUCUCCGGCGGGGGGCAGACGCUCGCGGCGGCGGGCGAAUCCGCGGGCGCGGAGUUCGGCGGCGGCGGCGGCGGCGCGCCCAUCGAGAAGCCCGUCGUCGACGACGCCGCGCCCAAGACGACGCUCCAGAUCCGCCUCGCCAACGGCAAGCGCAUCCGCGCGACGCUGAACCUCUCGCACACCGUCGGCCACCUCGACGCGUACGUCCGCGAAGAGGGCGGCGCGGGCCAGGCCUACGUCCUCCUCGCGGGCUUCCCGCCCGCGCCCCUCGCCGACCCCAACGCGACCCUCGAGGCCGCCGGGCUCAAGGGCGCGUCCGUCACCCAGAAGCUCAAGUGA